GCCGUUGACAGCAGCAGCCCGCGGCCCGCCUGAAAGCUAACACAGAGUCAACUAAUGUUGCUAACUGAAGGCUGGUGGAAAAAUGAAUGACCAGUUUUCACUGAAUAAAAUCGACAGUGCCCUCUUUCAGCUUGCUCUUCAUAGUCGGGAGGUUUCCCGAAAGAAGAAUGAAAUCGACCAACGAAUUACAGUUUGCAGAGCUGACAUUGCCAAGAAGAGAUCUCAUAAUGAAGCAGUGCAAAAAAAUAUAAAGAAACUAAAGGAUGAAAUCAGGAUGAAGCAGAGUGCAGUGAAUGGGGGAAAUGUUAAAAGCAAGAACGCGACUCACAGCCUGCUUCUUCAGUAUAACCAGACACUGAGAGCAGAACUGGACAACAGAAAAAUCACUUACAACAGCGACAUGGAAGUCUACAAAGAGAGAAUCACUACCUGCUGGAAGAAAUUCCAGUCACAAAAGGAGUAUUUUUACCAAAAUCCCCUCGCUCAAAAGCUCCUUAAGCUGCAGGCUGAAAAUGAGGAGACAAAGUGUAGUAUCAAGGCUUGUGAUGACCAAAUAAAAAUCACAGAGAAGGAGCUGGACAGUCUCACUGGUCCAGAGGUUGAUUCUGCAUCAAAUGAGAAACUACCAGACAGUGUUCCAGGCCAGCAGCCCAUAGGAGCAGAGAAACAAUUAGACCCUCAGACAGAGGAGGAGAGUAGUUCUUCCAUUGAUAUUUCUUCACUUAAUCUCAACCAGACCAAGGUGCAGUGCGCUACUGUCAGCAGCCCUCCCCCAGAAGAGGAAAGCAGUAAACAGUGGUCAUGUUAUCCAUUGGAUGAGCAAAUACAGCCAGAUGAGAUGCACACUGAGGUGCAGGAACAGGAGCCUGGACAAGAGGACCAAGUAUUGCAAGCUACAGCAUCAGGCGUGGAGGGGGCGAUGGAAGAACGAGCAGCUAUAGAUGAAGGGCAGGCGCCGAGUGAAGAGGACGAGGGACUCGCUGCUUUUCCUCAGUCAUCACCUCAAGAAACGAUUCCUCAACCCUCCCCGGCAGAAAUGACAGCCGUGCCUUCAACCCCGACAUUCAGAUUUGCCUUUAGCCCUGACAGCCCCCCACGUAAAGGCCCCUCUGAUACCAAAUCUCCAGCUUUCCUGUUCUCUCUGAACUCUGAGCCCAGCACCCCGGGCUUCUCUGGGUUUGGAUUUGACUUCAGCUCGUCACAGGAUGAGGAGACGUCUUUCGCUUUUAGCGGCUCUCUUUUCAAUGUGAAGAAAACCACAGAAUCGAAGUCCUCAGCAUGUCCUGAGUUCCUGUUCGGCCAACCAGAGCAAGGUGAAGACUUCCAGUUUACCUUUAGCUCCAAGAGCCCUCAGGCCACUAACAAAGAUAACACCAGGGAUGAGUUUCCAUUUUCAUUCAACUUUUGAGAGCUAGCAGCAAGUGUUCAUCAGGCUAGUUCAUCAGCUUCUUUUCUUUGGUUAUGUUCUCAUAUAGUGGGUAAUGACAAAUACCUUAGGUAAGAGUUAAUCGUU